GGUCAUCAGUUGGUAUAUCCUCCGAUGGACUCCUCUGAGGAGGGCGACCAUGGCUUUUUCGCCGGCCGCGAUAAGGAUGGUUCAUGGAAGUGUACGUUAUGCGAUAUCGCGGUCUGUUACGAGGGUAUUUUUCUAUCCCAUAUGCAAGGCGAGAAACAUGCAAAGAAUCUCCGUAAUCUUCAAUGGGAGGAGCAUGAGAAGCGGAAGAGACUUCAAGAGGAGACGCUUGGUGCGAGAGUUUCAUCCAGUCUGAACAGCGAUACACUGUCUGCAUAUACGAUGGACACAUCUCAAUCGCCGGAGACUGGGGUGGAAGCUGGCGAGCCUAUGUGGAAGAAGGAUCCGCAGUAUAGCGGCUUUAGGGACUUCGUCGAGCAGUGCUCCGCGCAGUUCUACCCAGAUGGUCGAUCCCUGGCCGGUUGUGGAGUUAUACCACCCCUCGAUGAACGUCCUCCAAAUACUUGGGGAGAAGCCCCCGCAAUGGCUGAGAGUUGGGAUAUGGUUUGUCGCUUAUGCGACGCUCAACUCGGGGAUUGGUAUCAAUGGUCGAUGCACAUGCAAGCCAAAAAGCACCGAGCUAAUGUUAAGUCCAGUCGGUGGUCAUAUGCGUCUUUCUGGCAGAAGCUAACAGCCGGAGACUUCCCCUACUACUAUGAGCACCUUACGGGUGUCUGGUCGAUCGAACCCCCUUUCGAUGACUUCAAUGGUGAGGUCUAUGUAGAGCCCCUGAUCAGAAACGUUCAUUGCAAUCCGUACAUCGAGCAAGGUAGGGAGGAGGAGAUGAGCCCGUUGGAGCCCGGUCGCGACGGGACCUGGGUUUGAAGACGAUGCCCUCCACACAAUGUCGAGAUGUUGGUAUCCCUCGUGACUGCGAUUGAAUUCAGUAGAAGUCGUGUUGGUUCGCUGCAGAUCAGGAGUAAACUC